AUGGGCCAGGGGAAUGACAGCUUCCCUGGCACCUUUGUCUUGUUGGGCUUCUCGGAGUGGCCCUGGCUGGAGAUGCCCCUCUUUGGCUUGGUCCUAGUCUCCUACAUUCUCACCCUGAUGGGUAACGGCUCCAUUAUCCUCCUGUCCCUGGUAGAACCCAGACUCCAAACCCCCAUGUACUUCUUCCUGGACAAUCUCUCGAUGCUGGACAUCUGUGUCACCUGUACCAUCGUGCCCCAGCUCCUAGCCAACCUCUGGGGCCCAGAGAAGACCAUCACGUCCUGGGGCUGCAUCACUCAGGCCUACCUCUUCCACUGGACAGGCUGCACCGAGUGCGCCCUGCUGGCUGUGAUGGCCUUUGACCGGUACGUGGCUGUGUGCCGACCUCUCCACUACAGCCUCAUCAUGCAGCCCAGGCUAUGUGCACAGCUGGCAGCUACAGCCUGGUGCAGUGGCCUGGCCAACUCGGUGCUGCAGGCCACACUCACGCUGCAGCUGCCCCGCUGUGGCCACCGCAUGCUGGACCACUUCUUCUGUGAAGUGCCAGUCCUCAUCAAACUGGCCUGUGGCGACACCACUGCCAAUGACUUGUCCCUCGCUGUGGGGGCCAUCCCCUUCGCCCUGCUAGCCCCACUGCUGGUACUCGUGUCCUACACGCUCAUCACCAAGGCCGUGCUGUGUCUGCCCUCAGCCAAGGGGCGCCUCAAGGCUCUUAGCACCUGCAGCUCACACCUAGCAGUUGUGGUCCUGUACUUCGGGCCAGCCAUCUACAUGUACCUGCAACCCCCUGCCAACAGCACACAGGCCAAGUUCAUGUCUUUCUUCUACUGCCUCAUCACCCCACUGCUUAAUCCUCUCAUCUACACACUGCGCAACAAAGAUGUGAAGGCUGCCUGGAAGAGGGUCCUACAGCCCCUGAGCAGGUGA